UUUUACCCGUGUAUCAACUUUCUCCUUCAGAUUCGAAUUUAAAGCUCCUCGCAACCCUAAAUUCACAAUUAUUUAAAUAUGGCCAAGGGAAAGAAGUCUGCUGACGCCAAGGGAAGCCAGAAGCGUCAGAAGAAGGUCCUGCGCGACAACAUCCGUGGCAUCACCCGCGGCUCGAUCCGUCGCCUCGCCCGCCGUGGUGGGGUGAAGCGCAUCUCGAGCGAAAUCUACGAGGAAGUGCGCCGUGUGCUGAAGAGCUUCGUUGAGGGUGUUGUUCGGGAUGCCACUUCCUACACUGAGUACGGCCACCGCCGUACGGUGACCGCAUCGGAUGUUGUGAAUGCCCUGCGCAAGCGCGGCCACAUCCUCUAUGGUUAUGCGUAGAUUUCAAGGAUGAAGUGAUCCCAUUUAGCACGGAAAAAAAGGUAAUGUGAUACUCUUCUUUGGGCUGUCACAAUACUUUUUUUUCAUGGAGUUUGCUAAGCUUUUAUAGACUUUUUCUUUUAUUAUAAAAUUAUUUUAAAUUUCACUAUUAUCUAAAGCCUCUGACAAAUUUACAGAAAAAGAAAUAUAUACCCAUGUGUGUGGCUUGA